CCCGACCACGACCACGGCUACGACUACUAGCAUGUCUGCCCUCACCCUAUUCAGACUCGCCCGCGCACGCCUUCCUGCCCCAUCUGCACGCGCGUUCUCCGUGACCGCACGGCGCAGCGCAGACCCCUGGCCGCUCCCGCACACACCCGAGCACCUGGAGAAGACGACGUCGGGGCCAGACACGCCCGCACCGACACCGCUGCCGCGCCCGGGCGAGCCCCUCGAAAACAUGCGCGCGCGGCUCGUGUACCAGUCGCGCAAGCGCGGCACGCUAGAGAGCGACCUGCUGCUCAGCACGUUCGCGCAGGAGCGCCUCGCGACGAUGGAGGAAGCGGAGCUGCACGAGUUCGACAAGCUUAUGGACGAGCCGGACUGGGAUAUCUACUACUGGGCAACGGGGAAGAAGACGCCGCCGGAGCGGUGGCAGAACUCGGCGCUCUUGGACAAGCUCCGGGAGCAUGUCCGGAACGAGGGCAAGGUUGUCCGGAGGAUGCCUGAUCUUUCGUAGACGAUAUGUACCACAGACAGGGUCGGUCGGUCCCAAAACCUUUGUCCUUACGGCCCUAUGUACCUGUACACCGUCCCCUGGUGUUAUAGCGGAUAACGCAUGACGUAUGCUGGCCAAUAUAUGUAUGGGCGGACGGAUGCACA